CUUCUUGUAAGAUGAUUUCUUUAGACCUUGUCAAAAACAGAGUAGAUUCAUCUCUUGGAGUGUAGCCUUCACCAGUAAGCCUUCUCGAGACGCCAACCAAAACAAAGAAACAGCAUGUCCACGAGUUAGGAAAGAAGAAGUAACAAGCUUGAAGGUUUUUUACAGCCUCCUCCCUCUCAUUCCUCCUCUCCCCCUCUCCUUCCUCUUUUCCAUCCCCUCUGUGGGCCACAUGAGCAUCUCUCAGUCUAACGUCACCUCAGGCCUUGAUGUGGCGUCGGCCUGUCUCAUCCCAGCCGUCUGUCAGUCUCUGCUAAUCACUGAGUCACAGCACCCGCCACACCACCGCGUGCCACCGGCUGCCUCCUGCCGCUACAGGCCCUUCCUCUCCCCAUUACUCUACAUUACUGUGCUGACUGGGAGAGCUAACUGGUGGGCUCCACGCUGCCUCACCAAACCAUAGCUGUGUCUGGAGGUGUGGCCAACCACCUCCCACACGUCCCACCAUUCCCUGUGUGUUGCACUACAUGUAUUUCUGUCCCCAUACUGCUGUUUUACAGUUCCUCAUCGGGAGGUUGUUUGCCCAGAGUAAACUAUGUUUUGUCUGGUAUAGACAUCAAUCUGUGUCCUCUGUGUCCUCUGUGUCCUCUGCAGAAGGCCCAGUCGUUUGCUUACGGCCAGUGGCCCAGAUUUUCCUAAUUCCUUUCGAUCUGGAGUGUGGAGACGUGCCCCUGCUCACUCCAGGGAGUAAAGAGAUGAUGUCUCAGGCUCUGAAGGACACGUUCAGCGGCUUCACAAAGGAACAGCAACGACUGGCCAUUCCCAAAGACCCCAGGCAGUGGACAGAGAACCACGUGGGAGAGUGGCUAACGUGGACGGUGAACGAGUUUAGCCUGAAGAGUGUGGACUUCCACAAGUUCUGUAUGAACGGGGCCAGUAUGUGUGCCCUGGGGAAGGAACGCUUCCUGGAUCUAGCACCUGACUAUGUGGGCGACAUCCUCUGGGAACAUCUAGAGAUGCUUCAAAAAGAAGACACAAAGCAUUUCCCUGUCAACGGCCUGACCUCCACCUUCCAGGAAUCCCACUAUACCUCAGACUACUUUGUCAGCUAUGGCAUUGAGCAUGCCCAGUGCGUUCCUCCCUCUGAAUACUCAGAGCCGGGCUUCAUCACAGAGUCCUACCAGACCCUUCACCCAAUCAGCUCCGAAGACCUGCUGUCACUCAAGUACGAGAGCGAAUACCCAAACGUCAUCCUCAGGGACAUGCCCCUCAACACACUGCAAGGGGACUACUUCUCAGUCAAGCAGGAGGUGGUCUCCCCCGACAACAUGUGUGUGGGCCGCAUCAGCAGAGGUAAGCUGGGAGGCCAGGACUCGUUUGAGAGCAACGAGAGCUUUGAAAGCUGUGACCGUCUGACCCAGUCCUGGAGCAGCCAGUCCUCCUUCAGCAGUCUGCAGCGCGUCCCAUCGUAUGACAGCUUCGACUCCGAGGACUACCCCAGCACCCUGCAUGGACACAAGCCCAAGGGAACCUUCAAGGACUACGUCAGGGAGUGCUCAGACCUCAGCAAGGACAAACCUGUCAUCCCCGCCGCAGCACUGGCAGGAUACACAGGCAGCGGCCCCAUCCAGCUGUGGCAGUUUCUGCUGGAGCUUCUGACGGACAAGUCUUGUCAGUCCUUCAUCAGCUGGACGGGAGAUGGCUGGGAGUUCAAGCUGUCCGACCCUGACGAGGUGGCUCGGCGGUGGGGGAAGAGAAAAAACAAGCCCAAGAUGAACUACGAAAAGCUGAGCCGAGGCCUGCGCUACUACUACGACAAGAACAUAAUCCACAAGACAUCAGGGAAGCGCUAUGUCUACCGCUUUGUCUGUGACUUAAAAAGCCUGCUGGGAUAUACCCCUGAGGAGCUCCAUGCCAUGCUGGACGUCAAGCCUGAUGUGGACGAGUGAAAACAGAGGGAUGAGAGAACAGAAAUAGUAGAAGAAUAGGAGAGUAAAGGAGCCGAGGGGACUAGGGCUCAGAGAUUGAUGCCGUCCGGUUAAAGAGGGUGCCCAUUUUGGGACCAAACCUAAACUGUGGUCUGUAUCAUUUUGAGCUGUUGUCAGAUGACGUUCAAAAAGGAAGCACAUGCCAAACGUGAAAAUUGAUAAUAUGUUGCAUUUGAGAUAGUGUGUAUGGUAGCUGUAUGUAUAUACUGGCAUUACUUAGUAGCUCAAGACACAUGGAAAGCUAUCAGUUAGAAUAGAGUGGCCAUUUAGCCUAAGUAGCACAAGAAACUGACAUUGAGGAAGGGGGCCAAGAGACAGUGAAAGAUUCAUUAUAAGGAAGGACAUGAAUGGAGAUGAUUUCCUGCUAUGAAAUCUGUUGCCAAAUAUAAAAUGGAAAGUAGUGGAAAUAGAUCACUGUUUCUCUGCCACACUCCACACAAUAGGCAUGGGUAGAGUUCUCAGCUUGGACCAAAAAAGUGUUGUUUUUGUUACUAUUGUUUCAGAAGCAUAAUGUUUGUGUCAGUAUUAUCGUUGAGAUUCAACUCCUGGUGUGCUGUUUAGUCUCAGUACGACCAGGGUUCCCCCUUUUUACAUUUUUUUAUUUUUAUGAAGGUAUUAUGAAACCAAACGUUGCACCAUUUAAUGUUAAGUUAGUCCUGUCUCCUCUCUGUGAAAGCCCAAUAACUGAAACAUGCUGAUAUGACUAUCAGAUGACACUAGACACGGGCCUUUUUACUCAUUUUCAUAGGUUGGAUGGAGAGUUACUUACUCAUACCAAGAACGGUUGAUAGACACCUGAAAGUAACCGUUGCUUUAAAACUGACGCUUUCAGCUCUGCACAUUUGCCGCUUCACUAUAGAAAUAUACUGUCUUACCACAAGUAAUACAAAUCCUCAGACACCCUUUCUGUGGUGAGUUUUGAAAGUAUUUGGACAUGAAAGAGUCAAAUGUGCCCAUCACAAUCUGUACAUUGAGUGGUUUUCCAAACCCCCAUUUUAGCAUUGCUUUAGAAGAGAGCAGAGAGGGAGGCACCUGUUGUCAACAAAUUGAAUUGCAAGCCAUGUACGAUGGAUGGUUUUUGUAGUCAAAAGAGAAAGCUUAGGAAUGUAGAGUGUACUGUAUUUGUGUGUGUUACGUGGUGUUCUCUGAAUGAAGGGAAGCUGCCAUAGCUAGGUAAGGUAUAUCAAGGUGCAUGAUGGUAGUAGGGUGAAAAGAGAAGGGUUCAAAGCAAGGAGUGUAAACUUUGGAUGACUGUUUGAAAAAGAGGGAGAUGAGAGGAGGACUUGGUAGUUUUGGGAGGGAACCGUGGAGUUGUGAAGUUAAUCAGUAGUGGCUGAAAGAGAAUUAUCAUCAUUAUGGCAUGAGGAUGACAUUAAUGCUUGUGCUAUUGUACAGCUUGGAGUCUUUUGUUAACUGAAAUGUUUGUAAAGAUGCUCCAUUUCACCAACGAGGAGGUAGAGAUCGACAGGAAACAGGACUACCAUAAACAGUUGGGCUAAAGGACUACUGGGAGAGAUGUGGCAUUAUAUGCUAUUUUCUUACCAUGCUUUGUACAUGCUGUUCUAUUUCUAAGACAUAAGGACACCCAAUUCAGUAUAUGGAAAGGAUCAAUGAAAUGACAUGCCCUGAAUACUGUAUGUACUUGUGCAGCUUACUCAAGAGCCACAGUAGUUGUGCUGGUUGGGUUUUGAGUAAUGUCGUCAGUGGGAACAUGACUAUAUGCAGGUCUUAUGGGAAAAGCCAAAGUCAAGAAAUAUCAUCUUAAAAUACAAAUGUUAUUGUUUACAGUGGCUGAAUGUUACCCAUUCUGAUGAAAAUAGGUUUUGAAAUGUUUAUUUGUACAGAUUGUAUUUCAUAACGCUUUAUUAAGACCCAGAUGAAACAAAUAAGCAAGAGACAAAGCAGGAAUAAUAACCAAACCCAUGUGAGGUCUGGGCGAUAGAUAGAGCCUUGGGUAUGUCCACCAUCUUGAAGGACAGGAACUGUUAUUCCCUCACAUUCAAAGUGUUGUUUCUGCUUUGAUCUUUUGAUUUGUUGGAAAGCACUCAGUGUUAGGACUCAGUGAAGAUAUUUGGCUGGACUGACUGAAGUUCCCUCUUGAGAUUAUAGGAAAGGGAUUUCUGUCCAUAUUAGUUACUUUUUUGUUGGGCAACUGACCACAGGGUUGGUUUUUCUAGUGUCAGCCAGCACAAACACACACGCACACACACACACACAGACCACACACCACACACACACACACACGUAAUCUUGUGUAGAGAAGAUUGAAUUCUCUUGAACAAAUCAAUCCACCCAAUCUCUGUGGUUCAUUAUGCACGCUACAUUUCCAGGAUUCACAUCACUGUUUGAUUAUUACUGUUCAGAUAUUUUUCCUCCAAAAAAUGUUUUAUGUUAGGGCAACUGUUCAUGUUUAAAUAUAUGCUUAACUUGUUGUUGAUGAUGCCUUCCAGCUCCUAGCCAGUCACCAUUUUGAGUAGAUCAGAAUAUAUUAUCUUUGUUUAAAUGGAACAUAUACUGUGUCUGUUUGGACUUCAAGUCAAGUUUGUUUCAGUAAAUGUCAUAUACGUUAAGUUGUGGACACAAGUAUUGCACAGAUCUUUCUAAAUGGACUAAAUACAUAAAUACACAGAUACCUUGCGAUAUUAGCAUAUCUCAGACUGAUCCAUUAGGAAACCUUUUUUGUUAUGGAUGGUGUUGGUUUUUUUGUAUAUUUUAUAGUGUUUCUGUAUUUUGUUAAUGAGAUAAUUUUUUAUGUAUUUAGUUCACAAACAUUUGAAUAUUUUUCAAUAAUUUAUAUUUUAUAAAAGAAAAAGACGCAGACAGCUGGUGCUUUCAUGGGAAAUAAAGGUAGCACAGGAAAAAAAUGUAGCGAUUUUCUUUCGAUAUAGAGAAUAGACCUACCUGUCUGUUAAGGAAAAAGGCUGAUGCUGGCCCAUCAUUGAUUUCUGCUGGGAAGUUUUAUAAACUGUUGCUUCUAUUUCUUAAUGUACUUAAAAAAUGUUACGUUAUAAAAAAAUAUACGUGAACAAAUAUUUCAUA